AGUAGUUGUCUUUCUUUUCUGUUUCUUCUGUGGCUCUCAGGUCUGAAUUAUAACAGGAGUCUGUUGCAGUCACUGUUGAAAUAAAAAAUGCCUCCAUUCCAUCUGGAAAAGAAAUUGAUUGGAUCUUGACUUUAAAAGCUCCUGAGAACUGUUAUCAAGUGCAAAUGCAUUUGCUUUAUUGUGCUGACAUUUGACUACAGCAAUUUCUAUUACAAGCUCUUCGGUAGGAGAGGCGCAGCACUUUCCUGCUCCUUCGCAAGAACUCCUAUUUGCAGGCUCAGUGUUUUCAGUAAGGGAGGCUGUCUGUGCUAUCCACAACAGAGAACAGGAAGGUUUUGCACAUAAGCACAUUGGUGAUCAGUAGAGGUACCCGCUUUCAUCCGGUUUCUGUCCCACACAGGUAUUUUUGACAAAAUUAGUUGGUUUUUUGGCACCAAGUAAUAAACAAUCGCAGUCUGCCAUUGUUUUCACUGACAGCAAAAAUCACUGUGCUCUUCUCUCUCGCUUUCUUUCUCUCGCUCCCCCCUUCCCCUUUGUCCUCUCUUCACAGCAAGCCUGGCUCUUUGCAUCCUGCACUCCAGGCUCAUUAACUAAAUACUCAUUAAUUUAUGUGGUGCAAUUAGCAUCACUGAUUACAGCAUCAGGUUGGGGUUGUAUGGAGGGCUGUAGAUGGGGAACAGAUUUAUCUUAGCAGACUAUCUGCACAUGAGCAUAGCCAGUGAUUUCAUCGUGAUCACGCUGGUGCACUCCAUGAUGAUGCUUUUGACUUGGCACAGACAUAUUGCUGCUGCCGCUGCUGCUAACAGCCAACUGAACAUCUGUUGUUUUUUGCAUGUGAGAAGGAUCACAAACUCAAUGAAAUAUACAUUGUUAUCCACCCCGUGGUCUGUGUUUACUGACUUCAAUCCAAUCUAGAAGCACAUAUACUUUCCCGGAGAAACUCCGAGAGGAGCUGGUUCAUAAAUUUGUGUAACAAGGUCCAAUUAAGUGUAAUUCAGCUUUAAUUUCACCGAGUGACACAGCGAGACGUAAAGACAGAUACCUCCUCCCACCUCUGUGCCUCACUGCCUGCAGCAUCAUCAGCAGCAGCAGCAGCAGGAAUUCCCCUGUCACCUUAUACACAUGCGAGCGUUCCUCGCUGUUUUACAAAGAUCGGUUAAAAUGUUCAGACUUGUUCAAACUAUUCUCUCUCUCUCGUCUUUCUCAGUUUUCUUUCCUGCGCUGUAGCAUUCAAGGAUGAAUAAUGGAGCAGUUAAAAAAUUUAAGAGGGAGAACAGGUGCAAGAGUACCUCAUGGAGUUAUGGGAUAUGAUCUGUUUUAAGGCUGCCAGGUGUUCUGUAUCUUAACCAGUUGUAUUAGAGGACGACUGUGGCCAACAAAGGGGGGGGGAGCGUUCCCGUGGCAUUAAAUGUUAUGCUGUACAGAGCCGUCAGGAUUUCAAGGCUGAGGUCAGAGAAGACACAGUUAAGCCUGAGCACUUAUGUUUGUAUUAAAGUAUUACACAAAGCCUGCAAAACAGCUGGUGAACAUAAACUACUCUCUGUUAUGAAAAAGUGUCUUCAGCUCAUUUUCCUGUUCUUGUUGUAUUAGGGCUGCAAAGCUUUUGUGAUUUCAAUCACUCGACAGUGUUUUCACCUGAGGAAGGGAGGGGAGAAGACAGCUUAUCGUAUAAAAUCACAUAUUAUCUUCUCUCUACUUUGGAGGAUACCAUCGUCUGAUUGGUCAGAGGCAGAUUAACAGUCAUUCAACAGUUGCGUGCAUGAGAGUCAGGGAGGAGGUAAUACUUUCUCCUCACUCUCAGCUCACUUUCUCUGUUCAUUGGAAGAAGGCGUGCUGUCAGCUGCGGUGAGAGGGAUUUGCUGUGUUAUUUCCCGGGAUGGUGUUGGGCUUUGGAAUAUUUUCUAUUGUUUUUUGUGGUUAAUUUAACACUGGUGUUAUUUUUCUGUUUUUCCAGAGUUAUGGAUAGUUGGUUAAAAUAGGGAGGCUCUUGUUUUUUGAAGCAAGGUGACAUUUUUAUUUAAUAGGUGUAAGCUUUUAUAGGCUGGUUCUGUUUAUGAGCGAUUCUCAUCAAAUGGCAGCUCGAUUGAUUAUAGAAUUAUUUAGACUGCAUGUUUCUCUCUUUAAAGAUCAGAGUUCACACAAAACAGUCAAUUGCUGGAAGUGUCACAGCUUUCGGAAAGGUCACGAUAAUGCCGUGUUCAAAGUUUCGCAUAUUCAUUCAAAACGUGACUUUGCUGUUGAGUCAUAGCACUCGCUUCUUGUUUUACUACACGUCAACUCUUGAUAGAUUGUCGUUUUGUGUAUUCCCUAUUUCUGGCACUUCCUCUAUUGUAGAUAAGCUGUGAAGUGUGUCAACAGCCAGCUGGUGGGCAUAGACUGACUGGGGCUCCGGCUUUUUAGAGAGCAGCUAGCACAGACGGAGCAGAGCACAAAGACGCAGAUUUUUCAGGCUGGCUUGGUGAACCUGCACACUUGCUUUUUGUUUGUUUGUUUUUUUGUUUUCUCUGGCGCCAGUCAGCAGAGUGCGAGAGGAAAUAUGUUUGAGUGAGUCUUAACACUGGAUGUCAGGUCCCUCUGCUGAUUGAGUGUUUAUGUGCAGUAGCUCGUCUUUCAAAUGAGCACCCUGUGGGCGGAGCUAGCGAUGGGAACUACUACAUUGCUGGAAUGUUUUGCUUGCUCUCGGCGAGUACGUUGGCUACCACGCCCUCUUCGCCUUGUGAGACCUUUUCAGCCAAUCCGCUGUUACCCUGAGACUGCGCCACCUCACUGCCAAUUCCCUCGCAUCAAUGGUCACUCCAAAUCAGAGCGCACUGCAAGGGACUCGGCCAUGGGUUACGACAGUGCCUCAGUAAUGAGCAGUGAGCUGGAGUCCAGCUCAUUUGUCGACAGUGAAGAAGAUGAGGAUGCUAGCAGGCUCAGUAGUUCCACAGAACAGAGUUCGUCUUCACAGCUGAUGCGCAGACACAAACGGCGCAGACGGAGGCACAAAGUGGCAAAGAUUGACCGGUCGUCGUCUUUCAGCAGUAUCACAGACUCCACGAUGAGCCUAAACAUUAUCACCGUCACACUAAACAUGGAAAAAUACAACUUCCUUGGUAUCAGUAUUGUCGGUCAGAGUAAUGACCGGGGGGACGGCGGUAUUUACAUCGGCUCUAUCAUGAAGGGAGGAGCUGUAGCUGCUGAUGGCAGAAUAGAACCUGGAGACAUGCUACUACAGGUGAAUGACGUCAACUUUGAGAACAUGAGCAAUGAUGACGCUGUGAGGAUCCUGAGAGAGAUUGUUUCCAAAACUGGUCCCAUUAGUCUUACUGUUGCCAAAUGUUGGGACCCAUCUCCCCGAAGCUACUUCACCAUCCCUCGUGCUGAGCCAGUGAGACCCAUUGAUCCUGCAGCCUGGAUUUCACACACAACAGCCCUAACUGCACCUUACCCUCACUAUGAGUUUGAUGACUUGCCUCUGUCUGUAAGUAAAACAGAUAUGGCAACUAUUGUCAAAGUGAUGCAGUUGCCUGAUUCUGGCCUAGAGAUUCGAGACAGGAUGUGGUUGAAGAUCACCAUUGCAAAUGCUGUUAUAGGUGCUGAUGUAGUGGACUGGCUGUACUCCAGAGUGGAAGGAUUCAAGGAUAGGCGCGAUGCGAGGAAGUACGCGAGCAGUCUGUUGAAGCACGGUUACUUGAGACACACUGUCAAUAAGAUCACCUUCUCUGAACAGUGCUACUAUACCUUUGGGGACCUCUGCCAAAACAUGGCCUCACUCAAUUUGAAUGAAGGAUCCAGUGGUGGAGGUUCUGAGCAGGACACUUUGGCACCACUACCUCCCACUAGCAACCCCUGGCCUCUGGGCGGGCAGCCAUUCCCCUACCCUCCUUUCCCCACUGCACCCCCGAGCUUUCCGCCAGGAUACUCAGACCCAUGCCACAGUUUCCACAGUGGGAGCGCAGGCAGCCAACACAGUGAGGGAAGCCGAAGCAGUGGAUCCAACCCCAGCGCAGGCAAAGGUAGACGUUCAUCCCCACAGGAAAAGGGUCAAAGGUCAACAUGCAGUGAAUCAGAGCCAGGAAUCCGUGGAGGGCGGCGUGGUGACAGAUCUGCCAGUCAAAUGAGCCAUCACAGCCACGCCAUCUCUAGCCAAAGUCACGCAAGGUCAAGUCUCAGCCACAGUCAUUCACACAGGAGCCACCCUGUCACACAGAACAACCACCCCCCGUUCACCUACAGCCACGCCGCCUUUACUCAGCCAGCUCCAGGCUCCUGUGCCCAGAGCGAGCGAAGCCAUGCCUCCUCCUACGGCCCCCCAGGCUUGCCUCCCCCUUAUUGUCUGGCCCGUCUGGCCCCCAAGACCUCAUUCAACAGUAGCACGCCUCCUGGAGCCCCACCUGGGAGAGAGUUAGCGGCCGUUCCUCCUGAGCUCACCGCCAGUCGCCAGUCCUUCCAGCAUGCUAUGGGCAAUCCCUGUGAGUUCUUUGUUGACAUCAUGUGACAGAACAGUGCCUUUUUAACUCAGUGAGCACAAAACAGCUCUCCCUGAUCCCUUUCAACCCUGUUCUCCUUUUUCCUCUCAGUCUUUUGACCAUCUCUAAACUUCAGAAUGUAGACACUGACUGGCCCUCUCCACAGCCCCCUGCUGUCUGUCCCUCUGAUGUCCAAGCAAAGGAAUACAGGCAGCAAGAGCACAACAGGAGUAGUCCUCUCGCACACAAGCAGGGGUCCUCUGGCUGAAAACCCUCUUUUGUAUUGACGUGACGUGUACAGUUUGUGAAACGUGAGUGGUAUUCAGUGUACUGAUUUCUGUAAAGAUGCCAUGCAGACAUUUUUGGGAGUGUGUACUCUACCUAGGAUAUUUUCUGUUCUGCGCCUUUAAGCUGGCUGGGCCUGGAUCUCAAUCCCCCAGACCCAGGCCAAUAACUAUGGCCUACGAAUCUUUUUCUGGACAUAAAACUCGGACUGGAACACCUAACUCAUAUUUGUGUAUAAUGCUACAGUUUAGCACAUUACUCUGGCCCCACUCCCCUUAUGUCAAGGCGCUGCCACUGGCGUAUUUAAGCUCUUACCUGCCAACUACUAAUAACUCUAACCUUGAUCAGUUCACAAUCCGAGGAUUUCCAUAAGGGAGACCCUGUAGCCAGCCUUUAGUUCGACUAGGCUGCAUAUUGCAUGACUGUCUCACCUGCUUUAAAGAAAACGUAUUCAUUCAUUUUGUUUAAAGUAUUACCGUUAUUGGGGGAGGAGGUUACCUCUUUCCUAUGUUCUAAAGGAAGAAUCCAUACACUGGAACAUUUUCGUGAUGUUAUUUAUGUGAUCCUUUUGCAUUGAUGGUGUCAUACUUUGUCUACUACGAAUGACUGACCGACAAUCAGGCAUCACUCUUUAUGAAACGGUGGCCAUUUCUCAAUGUCCUAGGUGUGCUUUGUCGAAUGUAUCAUUAUUUCUGUCAGUGAUUAAACCCUGACACCCAUAACACUUAGUUUAAACAUGUUUAAAGAUCAGCAGGAUUGCAAACUUUGGACACUCACAACAGCAAACUGUGAAAGCAAACUCAAAGGUUGAUUAGAUAAAGUAGUUUGACAAAAGCAUCAGGUUUGUCUCCUUCAGUUGUGGACUUUGUUGAAAAGUCAGAGUGAUAAAAGCCAAAGCCUCACAUUGUUUGGUGGACAUGGCUCUUCAUACUGUUGAAGCUGUCACUUCUAGUUGUGUUCAGAGUGACUUCAAGGGGAAUCCUGGCUUUCAGAUGGUGAUCUCCUUGCAAAACAAUGGCAAAUCCCUGUUGUAUCUACCUAAAAUAUAGUUACAAGAGGGAAAUAACACACACUAGUUUUAUGAGCACUUUCCCAUUUUGUCCUUCCCUCCCUUUAGUAUGAAGCACUGUUUGCAAUCAAAGCUUUCUCUUUAAUUUUCUCUAAAAAAGAAGAAUAAAUUGUAAAUAGAAAUUUAUUAUAUAUAUAUGAAUAAAAAUAUAUAUGUUCAAAACACUGUCUUCAUUUUUCACCUCACCUGGAGACUGAGUGAAAUGCCACUAGGUGGAGACAUUGUUUUGUGUAUAUUAUUGUACAAACUAUACAUUUGACUGAUAAAAAUGCGAUUUGAAAAUGUG